AAACAGGGAAGAUUGACCAAGAGAUCCACAAAUACAACACCCCAGGAUUCACUGGUUGCCUCUCCAGAGUCCAGUUCAACCAGAUCGCCCCUCUCAAGGCUGCCUUGAGGCAGACCAACGCCUCGGCCCACGUCCACAUCCAGGGCGAGCUGGUGGAGUCCAACUGCGGGGCCUCCCCACUGACCCUGUCACCCAUGUCGUCUGCCACCGACCCCUGGCACUUAGACCACUUGGAUUCAGCCAGUGCUGAUUUUCCAUAUAAUCCAGGACAAGGCCAAGCUAUAAGAAAUGGAGUCAACAGAAAUUCGGCUAUCAUUGGAGGAGUCAUUGCUGUGGUGAUCUUCACCAUCCUCUGCACCUUGGUCUUCCUGAUCCGGUACAUGUUUCGUCACAAGGGCACCUACCACACCAAUGAAGCCAAGGGAGCAGAGUCAGCAGAGAGCGCAGAUGCUGCCAUUAUGAACAACGACCCCAAUUUCACAGAGACCAUUGACGAAAGCAAAAAGGAAUGGCUCAUUUGAGGGGUGGCUUCUUGGCUAUGGGGUAGGGAGGAGGCAAUUACUAGGGAGGAGGGAAAGGGAUCGUAGAACCCUGCUUCAUACUCUUGAGCACAUCCUUAAAAUAUCAGCACAAGUCAGGGGAGGCAAGCAACAGAGUAUUCUUCAGACUGAUCACCACAAAAAAGUACUUUUGAAUAUUUCUUUAUAGCUGAGUUUCCCCUUCUGUAUCAAGACAAAAUAAUACAAAAAAUGCUUUUAGAGUUUAAGCAAUGGUUGAAAUCUGUAGGUAAUAUCUGUCUUAUUUUGUGUGUGUUUAGAGGUGAUCUAAAAACCCGUGGCAACAGGGCAAGUUUUCUACAUUUUUAAGAGCCCUUAGAAUAUGGAUAUUUUUUCUUGGGAAAUGUGAUGACCUACAUAUGGCCUCCAACAUUCUCUUCCUUUGCUUAUAGUCAACUUUUAAUGGGCUGUUGUAGUAAAUAGUUCGUGUUCAUAUAAUAUUUGUUUUGAUGUCCUAUAAGUUGGAAAAGGAAAGAUAAGGGCAAAGAAAACCUAUUAUUUACCAGUUUUCAAAGAGACCUCAAUCUGUGCCAGUUCUCUGAGGGUUCCUGCCGGACACCAGCAGUUGAAGGGGACAGGGGUGGGCACUUGCUGUCUACAAGUAACCAACACGGCUGAAGAGAAGCGUUAAAGAACCAGGGAGAGUAAUUUACACUGGGGUUGUUGGUUUUAUUUUUCAUUUAAUUAUACAAGAUAAUAUUGUUUCAUGUAUGUAGUCUCAGACCUCUUCUGUCUCUGUAACUAUCAGCUGUUACAAAAGAUUUUCCCUCUGUUUUACCUGCAACAUAUUGGAUUACAUUAUAAGUGUGUAAACACCUCAAUGGGAAAUUAGAGCCAGAUUGUGUGGUUUGUUUGCUCUGUUUCUUUCAUAGUUGUAGCAAAAGUAUGGACACAUUCUAACAAAUGCAUGUUAGGUUGUUCAUUAUUAUUUUGCUUUAAAUCUCCAGUUUUUAUAGCCCGCAACCAAGUCGUGGCAGAUAGUGUCCUCUAAAUGGGCACAACACAAUAAAUCCAAGUUAUUAUUGCUGUUACUCUGGAAUCAUGUGGAAAAGACCACCAUAUUUUAAAUCAACCACUCCAUUUGUUGUUCCAUGCAAAGGAGACACACUGCCAUGAUUCAGGGAUCUUCUAUGACAGAUGCAUUUGAACCUCAAGUUCAUCACAAACCUGGUAACUGACUGUUGCUUCUCAGAGAAUGUCUAGUCAAUCACAUGUCUUAGUUUAAUCAGGUACCUUGACCAACUCAUUCCAACAAAUAACUCAUUGAUUUUAUUUAAAAAAUAAUAAACUUUGUGUAAACAAAUGGGGACAGUGCUCACUAUUGGAGCAUCCAAAAAUAAUUUAACUAACUUACUUUUUAAAAAAAUUUCACAAAAGUUAUUUCUAGAAUGAUUAUCAUUUAUUGUCAUUUGAUUAUCAUUUACUGACAUUAUUUUUCAGGCUUCUUAUACUUAAAGCACUUUUUAAAAAAAAUUUUAGACUCCAACAUUUUGAGGAACUAAAUAUGAUCUCUCUUUUUCCUUCUGGAAGUAAGACAAAGUUGAAAAGACAUGGAUACUAUUUUUCUGAUGGCCUGACUCAAUAAAAUGGAAAUUCUAGUUUGUGAGGAUUAUAUAUACAUACUUUUCUAGAUUCUUGGCACGCCUAACUGAGGAUCUCAGUUUCUUGGAUAACAGAAAAUGUUAUCCAGAGCUGCCCCUGGCACAUGGUACCAGCACAUGACACAUUUCAAAGGAGACUUCGAACCUGUUAAUUCCCAUUCAAGUCAAGGUAACAGAAAAAAAGGGAAUCCUGAUGCUGUUUUACGUUGCUGGUUGACCACAGGCACUAUCAUGAACACCCUUGAUUUAAAAAGGUCUUGAUCAUUCUAUAAAAUACACUUAAAAUGAAAAAGUAUUCAGUGUGACUAAAUAUCAGAACAAUGUACCACUUUCACAGGACAUAUUGAAAGCAAAGGCUGUUUUAUUUAACCAAGAUGACUACCAUUCAGGGUUCUUUUCUUAUUGUCGAAUUGGAAAAGCAAAUUUUAAACAUUAUGGUUUAGAAGUGUUUCCGGUUUUUUAAAGCCUAUUUUAUAGGUAUAACUUUUGCACUUAAUGCCAGAUGGAGAUCUAUUAUUUCUUACGUUUCCCAUGAUAUCUCUAUUCUUUACACAUCAUUUCAGCACUUUUCCCUUUUUCCAAAAAAAGGGGAUUAAAACCAUCAAAAAGAGCCCCUGAAACUAAAAUGUUUUCACCUUUUCUCUUCCCUUUCUUCUUUCCCCCUUCCUGCCACAAAAGGUGAAAAAUAAGAUUCAACCCUUCUCUCAACAAAUUUUCAAACCUAGGGCGUUGGAAUGACUGCAGGGAUCAGUGGUUUUCCCAUAUCAUUGUCAAUUAAGAUAACAGAGAGCAGCAUGACAGUCUCUUCUCAAGGGGUUACAAUGUGGCCAGCAAAAAGGACACAAAAAGGCAAAUAAAGUAUUAAGUAACUAAAUUAAGUGCCAAAUGAGUGCUAGAAAUUUUGGCCUCUCUUUGGGAUUAUGGGUUUAACAAAAAUUCCUCCGUGUAUGAAGGCAUUAGCCAAUAUGUUCUAAAUGGUAAAUAAUUUAUGUGGAAAAAAGGGAAGUAACUUUGUUUUCCAACUCUCUCCCCUGAUAGCCAUGAUAUUAUGACCCAAGCUCAAUGCCUAAUCUUGCUUUGUCAUUCAUAUCCCACAAAGUCUGGACAUCUUAUAUUCCAGUACAUCAUCAAUCAAGCACAAAUAGGCUAGUGGUUGUCUCUUUAAACAAUACAAAUAGACAAAAAAAAAAGUUGGGGGUGCUGUUUUAAAGUUUCAGGGAAACUUGAUGGCUCAUUUAGGGUUGUUUGAAAAGGGAUCAUCCUGUAUAAAGCAAACAACUACGUUAGGAGAAGCUAGGAGCAGGGGACUUUGAAUGAAUGCAAAAUUAGUGCCAUCCUAAGUUCUCAAAAUAGCAUAUUCCCUAAAGCUCAAGGAAGCUAGCUCAGGAAGUAGAAGAAGUUAUUUUAUUGUUAAGUUAUUCUCUGGCCCUUCUGAAUAUUUGAGACUAUAUUUCCCCUGUGGCUUUCAACCAACUGCUCUGAAAAAGAGACUUGUUAUGUGGAAGUUUUUGUUGAAGAGCCAGGAACAAGAGUUUCGAGUGCCUUUGUUAGAAAAUUUCCUGUUGCCCUGUAUUGACAAACAACCAUCCUUACCUAACAGGAGCAGGAAUUCAGAGGCAUGGAAAAGUACUGGCAUGAGCCAAAGACUAGAUCUUAAUGUCACUGCGGAACAUCUGUUGAGCAGCCACCAGACACAGGCUGAGCGCUGGGCACAAAGACAAGAUUUCAUAGAAAGCAUUGCAGGAAAAAGCAAACAGCUGCCAGAUAUGAAAACGCAAGUGUUCAGGUAGUGUGGAGAACGUUUAUUUCCUCCUUUGCUAAAAUGCAUUCUUUCCUAUCCUCCUUACUCUUUUUCUUCCUGUCCUCUCCACGCACAUCCUUCUCCUGUCGUAUGAACGUGUUAAGGGUCCCUUUAUGUCUCACGCCACCAAACAAUUAACACCUGAUUUGAACUUCUUGCUAUUUUUUUCCUUUUCACCAUCCAGUCCAGCAGUUUUCAAAAAGAUAGCCAGCCAAAAUGGUCCUAAAUUGCUAGUCCCAUAGAACCAACCGAUUCUAAAACAGGUGAGAAAAAAUCAAUUAACAACAUGCCCAACCGAGCUGGGCUAGAAACCAAUGGGCACGUUUUUUAAAUGGUGUGUUGGUGAGAGUGGACCCUGAGAGUCACCUGACAGUCCUAGCCCUUUCUCUCUCCCAGACUUGCUAUGGGACCUCAGUCAAGUCCCUGAACUUCUGCCCAUCUUUGCCUCAUCUUUAAGAUGGAACUGUUUUGCCUACUUCCUAAGACAAUAGGGAGGUGCCAUUGGUUCUUGACUGCAAAAUACUUUGAAACCCAAAUACAAAGACCAAAGUCAAUGGAGCCUAGCAAAACACUUAUUCUCUGGCUUGUGAUUGAAAGUCACAUCAAAAUAAACAAUGUGGCCACAUCCAGGACUGUGAAGAUUUACGGGGCCACUGUUCAACUACUAAAUUAUUAAUCAGGUAGACUGCCAGGGAACUAACCUCUCAACACUGGGACAUGGGCCCAAAAAGUCAGAAUGUUUUGUAGAUAAAACCCUGAACUCCCACCUAUAUGUGAUUAGCUCACCUUUCCUACUCUUACACGUGCCCUCCAAUGUUACUAGACUGGCUUAUGCAUAAGCCAACACAACAUGCAAAUGUGGCAUUUUCAUGUAGCCUGGUGGCUCUGCGCCUAUGCUGCAUUUACCCUGCACUGUAGUGUUGGGAGCUUUAAUGUGCAUUUCUUUGUAGGCAGUGUUUUUUUCAUAGGCAUGGUAUACAACUUCUUGUCAAUUAAAUGGGGGAAAUCACAUUAAAAAGCUGGUUUGUUACCAUCCAAAGAGCAAAGACUGGCAAAAGGUAAUAAUGAUACAUGAGUAUAUGGGCACAUGUGUAUUAAUAUACAACACUUUUGCAAGUUUAUUUCCCAGAUGAAAAUGUGCUGUGAGAACAAGUCUACUAAGAUAGUCUGCAUCAUUUCCAAGUCUCAGUAUAUUUAUAGUAACUGCUGGUUUCUGAGAUGGCUGUGAAAAUGUGGAGGUUCCUCACAAGCAAGCCAAGAAACAGCUCUAGAUGUUACUGAUACUAAGUUUUGUUGGGUUUUUUAAUUGUUAAGUGAGCAUGGUGACUGCAGAGGUAAGAGUUGUGAAAAGCUGGGCUAAAUAUUCUCUCUGUAAAGUCAAUUAGGUUUCCAUCCCUGUGAAAUAACAAAAUUUCACUCUCUAGGACCAACAGCAUGUAAACUAGAAUGAAAGAAGGAAAUUAUGUAUGUAUGCCUAAUAUUCUUUGUGAAUGUCUUUCAUUUAACUAAAAUUAUAUUAGAAGCCAGAUUGAUAAAUAAAAAAUCCAAAAUAGUUUUAAUUAUCCUUAAA